AGAAUAAAAGAAAUUUUAACCAAAUAAUUUGAUGAUUUACCCACCGGCGGAGAAGCUGAGUCUCGCUUUAACGAUCCAUCACUGAAACCUAUCUCGAUUCAUUCAUCUGCGAUUCCAAAAUGGGAGGAGGUGAAGAAAAUGUAAAGCAUCUCGAAGAUUGUUCUGUAGCCAAUGCAUUGGGAACUUGGGUAUUCUCUGUGGCCGGAGCUUUGCUGGCAAUUCCGGUAGGAAUUAAGCGCAAAUCUCUUGGACCCCUUGUAUUUUUUGGCACCACUGGCACUAUGCUGGAUAUUAUUAUGGGAAUUACCGCGUGUGAAAGAGAACAUGCAGAGCACCAAAUGAAGCUACUUGAAGCUCAAAAUGCUGCAUCUGAAAUUUCGUUGGAUGAGACAAAUACUGAUUCAUAACUUCUGUAUCUUGAUGUUGUCAUUGUUGUCAAAUUUGUAUGGUCAGACAAUUGUAACAAACUUAAUGCAAUUUUAUGGCAACCUGAUCAAAUGUGCCUUCUAUGUUUGUUGUUGGCCUUUAUCCUGCAGCAGUUUAAACAAAAGGUGAAUAACUUAAUGAGAAAGCUUUCUUAAUUUA